GCUGGGCCAGUGAACCAGGGAUCAGGUUCUGCCGUUCCGGACCCGUUUGCCCCGGUCUUGUCCAACCAAACCCGGCGGCUCCGUCGCUCUCCUCCGUUCCCCGCCGCCAGUCUCGACCGAGCCGACGAUCUCCGCUUCCGCCGCCGCCGACGAACCCACCGCCAUCUCCGGUUGCGGCCUCGUCAUUCGGCAAGGUCCUCAACAUCCCCGCCGUUGCUGACGUUGAUUCCGGCCGAUCUCUUCUACGCCGUCGUCGUCGUCGGAGGACCUCUCUCCGAGCCCGUCCUCCUCGCCAGUCCCAACCUCGAGGCAGAGGAUCAGUGCUGCAAAGACUGGUGGAAGAAGCUCAGGCAAGCUGUUUCUUGCUGGAAGCUUGGAUUUACCCAUCGAAAAGUUCUUGGAGAGAGGGAGGAAAAUUUGAGACAUGCCUAAGAUAAAGACAAGCCGUGUGAAAUAUCCUGAAGGAUGGGAGCUUAUUGAGCCAACACUUCGUGAUUUGGAGGCCAAAAUGAGGGAAGCUGAAAAUGAUCCACAUGAUGGGAAGAGGAAGUGUGAAGCUCUAUGGCCCAUCUUUCGUAUUUCUCAUCAGAAGAGUCGCUACAUAUACGAUCUUUACUAUCGAAGGAAGGAAAUAUCAAAAGAGCUAUAUGAGUUUUGCUUGGACCAAGGCUAUGCUGAUCGCAAUCUGAUUGCAAAGUGGAAAAAGCCAGGUUAUGAGCGCCUCUGUUGCCUCCGAUGCAUACAAACACGAGACCACAACUUUGCAACCACUUGCGUCUGUAGGGUCCCCAAGCACCUCAGGGAGGAGAAAGUGAUAGAAUGCGUCCACUGCGGAUGCAAGGGUUGUGCCAGCGGCGAUUAAUAAAAGCUUUCGGUCUCGUGGUUGGAAAAUAAUCUCAAAACUAAUCGCUCAAGAUGCUUCGUUAUACUUGAGCUCCUAUUGAAAAGUUGAAAACAAACAUCGUACAACCAGGUGAUUACAGCUUGUGCAAUGGUGUGGGUGUCGAGACGUGCCAGCAGUGAUUAAAGUUUCCUCCAUCUCGUGGUUGGAAAAUAAUGUCAGAAGAUAUGUCUCGUUGUAUUUGAUCUCCGUUGAGGACACAGUGUAAUCGGUUGAUUUCAAAUUGUGCAAUGUAUUGUAAAAUCAAGUGACUGUUUUCAUUAAGUUUACAAAUAUUUGUGACUACAGUGAUUUACCAUUCGUUACUUUAA